AUGAACCUGAAACUGACCCCCUUGACGCCCACCCUGCCUGUCUCUCGAAACUUGCAGCUGCUCUGCGGUGCAAUCCUUGACGACAAGUUCCUGCUGAUCAGAACCAACAACGGGCUGGACUUUGUCCCACUUACCGCCUUCGCCAAGUCCUCCAAUAGCUCGGAUCGUUCCCGUGGCUUGGUCCAUACCGUCAAGCCAAUCAGCCUGAUCAAAAAGACCAGGUUCAAGAGCUUGAAGGUCCUCGAAGUCAGGAGCAAUAUCUUGCUGGCCAUCGCUGGUCUAUGCGCUCGAUGGGAUCAGAGCGAUUGUUGCCAAAAAAUUCAAGAUCUGGAAGAAAAGGAGGAUUUCGUUUGGCUUCCCAAGACGUUGGCCCGAGUCACCCCGCACAAGGGCAAGGAGCGCGUCUCCAAUCCUCAAGCACAGCCCACUGCAUCCAACUCACCCCAAUACUCCCCGCCUCCGCCCUAUGGCAGUAAGCUGGGGCCUGGUCAAACAAUGGCCAAAUCAAGCUCCUGCCAACCUGCCUCCCCUGCAAACCAUCAGGCAAGCCCGGCAUCCCGAUCCCCAGGAAAAUCAGCCCUGCGCCGUAGCAGCACCGUGGGCAGUCGACUUCCGAGCGCAUCAGCGGCUUACAAACUACCCGACACUCGUCGAAGCAGUUUGUACAGCGCCUCCGAUGCAUCCUCUUUCAUCUCGCCCCUCGGACUCGUAGCCCCGACGACACUCACAUCAGCCCUUCAGUCGCUCAGGGCCGAGAAUUCUGAUCAGCUCCCUCCAAAUCAUCCGGCUCUCGGCCAAGCGCCCGUCCAAGUUGGUCUCAAACAAGCAGCAACUGAAGAAAGCGGGAAUGGAUCUUCCCAACCCGGACCGCCUCUGAUCCUCAAUAUCGAUGAUGAUCUCGCUCAUCGCUUGAACAUCACGAGUGCUAACCAUGUCGGGCCGGUCGGCAAACCUGAUCAGGGCACUCGAGCGAUCCCCGGACAAGGGGGCCCGGCUGCGUCCCAAGGAAGCUCGUCAGCAGGGGGAACGUUAUUGACCCCAAAGCCAAGCCGGGCCGGGAUGAAUGAUUCUGAGCGCAGCUUGCCUCCUCGGCUCAACGGGGCUCUCCUGCGAAUCCGCUCCAACGACAACCACGACUCACGGCGAGUCAACUCCCUCUUUUUUAUGGCCCCGUGGACCCCGUCCUGGUCAACCCUUCCGUCAAUCAUUAUUAAACCUUCCCCGCACUCGAAGAGGCCCUCAUGGCCCCCCUAA